AGCUCCCCAGCAACCAGCAUUUGCGGCCAUAGCAAGCCGCUUCCACAUGCUUCAGCUGCCAAAGCGCCUAAGAUUAUGAGAGAUAUGGAGGUUGAAGGUAUGCUCCACGGAUUCACUCAAUGGAUGAUUAUUCCAUGGCCGGGGUUGGUUUGGUUUGUCCCAUCCUUUGAGGUUAGAGCAUCUGUGGUUAGAAAUAUCUAUCACCAACCUGUUCACCAUUCCCUUACAAUAUCAUCAUCAUGUCAGUUGGCAUCUUCCGUGCAACUUGAAAUAGUUGCAGAAGGUGGAAAAGAAAGAGAAGGACGAAAGCGACAAAUCAACCAUUAUUUCAUUUCUCCCCUCGUUUUGAACAUGAAAGGAACUGAGCAAAGACAAGAAAAAUAUCAGUCAUUUCCCCCCCAAGAAACAUCCAAACAAGGCUUCUCCUCCUCUCCUAAAGGAAAGCAAAAGUACUGAUAAGAGAGAAACACAGCAGAGCCAAGCAGCAGCACCAUCAAACUUCAAGUCCCAACAAUGGCGGACUUCCCCAUCUCUCCAGUAGCCCAAUCAUCACAAUCCAUCACUUCACCAUACAAAUUCGUUUCCAGCUUCACAAAUUUCCAACUUCACUCUAUAGCCCCCACAAGAUCCAAGCUUUUCUUGGCCGGAACCACGAUUCCACGCUCCAGAAGAGCAAAGAAACAUUUAUCUGUCAAAAACGUCGCCAGUGAUCAAAGCCAUGAGCUCAAAGACGCCAUCUCCCAUCAAGAAGCCAAUGCUCUGGAAGAUUUCGUUCCGGAUUCGUCGUCAAUUGCUCUAAGCAUCAAGUACCAUGCCGAAUUCACCCCGUCAUUCUCCCCUGAAAAGUUCAAGCUUCCAAAGGCUUACGUGGCAACGGCGGAGAGUGUUCGUGAUUCGCUCAUCAUAAACUGGAAUACAACUUACGAGUACCACGAGAAGAUGAAUGUGAAGCAGGCUUAUUACUUAUCCAUGGAGUUCCUUCAGGGUAGAGCGUUGCUGAAUGCUAUAGGCAACCUAGAGCUAACUGGUGCUUACGCGGAGGCUCUGAAGAAGUUAGGAUAUUCCCUCGAAGAUGUAGCUAAACAGGAGCCAGAUGCAGCACUUGGAAAUGGAGGAUUAGGCCGCCUAGCAUCCUGCUUUCUAGACUCUCUGGCCACACUAAACUACCCAGCUUGGGGAUAUGGGCUAAGAUACCGAUACGGCUUGUUCAAACAGCUGAUUACCAAAGAUGGACAGGAGGAAGUUGCAGAAAAUUGGCUUGAGAUGGGCAAUCCAUGGGAGAUUGUGAGAAACGAUGUUUCCUACCCAGUGAAAUUCUACGGUCAAGUGAACACAAACACUGAUGGAACCAAAGAAUGGGUUGGAGGGAGGAAGUAACUGCAGUUGCUUAUGAUGUUCCAAUUCCUGGGUAUAGGACCAAGACGACAGUAAACCUGAGGUUGUGGUCCACGAAGCUUUCUCCUCGAGAUUUCGAUUUGCAUGCUUUCAACGUUGGAGAUCAUGCCAAAGCAUAUGCAGCAAUGAAGAGUGCUGAAAAGAUUUGUUACGUGUUGUACCCUGGGGACGAGAGCCGAGAAGGGAAGACUCUUAGGUUGAAGCAGCAGUAUACGCUUUGCUCUGCAUCUAUUCAGGACAUAAUAGCUCGAUUCGAGAGGAGAUCAGAUGGAGGAGAAGAAAAAGAAGAAGGUCCAGUGAAUUGGGAAGAGUUUCCUGAGAAAGUUGUUGUUCAGAUGAACGACACUCACCCAACGUUAUGUAUUCCUGAGCUCAUCAGAAUCUUGGUGGAUGUCAAAGGCUUGACCUGGAAGCAAGCUUGGAAUGUCACUCGAAGAACUGUUGCAUACACAAACCACACGGUUUUGCCGGAGGCUCUUGAGAAAUGGAGUUUGGACCUUGUUCAAGAGUUGCUUCCAAGACAUGUUGAGAUAAUUAAGCAGAUCGACGAAGAGCUGAUACACAUAAUCAUAGAGAAAUAUGGAGCCGCAGACGUUGACUUGUUACACGAAAAGCUUGAGGAAAUGAGGAUUCUUGACAACAUUGAGUUGCCUGGAUCAGUUCUGGACCUGUUAAUGAACUCUAAAGAACAAGUGGUUUCAUCCGCAUUAACAAUUGAAAGUUCUGAAGAAGAGGUAAAAAAAACUAAUCAGCAAGAGGAAGAUGGUGAAGCAGAGGAAAUCGAGCAAGGCGAAAAUGAGUUGAAGCUGUUUAUACCAGACCCAACACAGCCAAAGUUGGUGAGAAUGGCAAAUCUCUGUGUAGCAGGUGGUUUCUCGGUUAAUGGAGUGGCUGAGAUCCAUAGUGAGAUUGUUCAGAAUGAAGUGUUCAAUGGGUUCUACAAGGUGAAUGAUUAAUGAAUGAAUGGUUCACUUUCUGUUUCUUUUCGCCUUCAGGUUGUUUUUUAGCAGGGUUGAUGUAGUUUCUAGUAUACUGUGUGUUCAGUUGUGGCCUGAGAAGUUCCAGAACAAGACUAAUGGUGUGACACCAAGGAGAUGGAUUCGGUUCUGCAACUCUGACCUCAGCAGCAUAAUAACUAAAUGGAUUGGGACGGAAGAUUGGGUUUUGGACACUGAGAAACUAAUGGAACUCAGAAAGUUUGCAGACAACGAGGAUCUCCAAUGGGAAUGGCGGGAAUCGAAGAGGAGGAACAAGGUGAAGGUGGCAGCUUUCUUGAAGGAAAAAACAGGAUACACAGUGAGCCCAGAUGCAAUGUUCGAUGUCCAGGUGAAGAGGAUCCACGAGUACAAGAGGCAGCUGUUGAACAUCCUAGGGAUCGUUUACAGGUACAAGAAAAUGAAAGAGAUGAUGGAAAUCAGCAGCCCUGAAGAAGUGAGGUCAAAGUUCGUUCCCAGGGUUUGCAUCUUUGGUGGCAAAGCUUUUGCUACUUAUGUUCAGGCCAAGAGGAUUGUCAAGUUCAUUACAGAUGUUGGUUCCACCAUCAACCGUGACCCGGAUAUCGGCGACCUCCUAAAGGUCGUAUUUGUGCCGGAUUACAACGUAAGCGUGGCGGAGGUGUUGGUACCAGGGAGCGAGCUGUCGCAACACAUAAGCACGGCGGGAAUGGAGGCCAGUGGGACUAGCAACAUGAAAUUCGCGAUGAACGGCUGCAUCCUGAUUGGGACAUUGGACGGGGCUAACGUGGAGAUCAGGCAAGAAGUCGGAGAAGACAACUUCUUCCUCUUUGGUGCACAGGCCCACGAAAUUGCUGGGCUGAGGCAAGAAAGAGCCGAGGGGAAGUUUGUGCCAGACCCACGGUUCGAGGAAGCGAAGGCUUACGUGAGAAGUGGUGUGUUCGGGACGUACAACUACGAUGAAUUGAUGGGAUCAUUGGAAGGGAAUGAAGGGUAUGGACGAGCUGAUUAUUUCCUGGUUGGCAAAGACUUCCCGAGCUACAUCGAGUGCCAAGAACAAGUUGACUUGGCUUACAGAGACCAGAAGAGAUGGACAAAGAUGUCGAUCUUGAACACGGCUGGAUCUUUUAAGUUCAGCAGCGACAGAACCAUUCAUCAGGCCAUGUCGAUUGUUUGCUCCCUUAUGUACAUGUUGGAGAUCAGAUAGUAGUUGCAAAAGGAUUGGAAACAAUCCGCGUCGCAGAAGGAUUUGAAGACAUGCGCCAAAAACUCAAGUUUGAAUUUGACUAUGUGCUUUUUGUUAAAAUUGUGUCAUGUUGAUUCAAUUUAUCCUUUAACGAUGUGCGUUUGUGUCAGUUAAGUUCCGAGAGUAGUUAGUUUUCAGUUUGCAACUGAUUAGGUAGUUCGAAGCUACCCUCUGUAGAAACAUGUGCUUUGCUCCACCAAUCGGUCUCUAAUGAAUUAUCAAGGAAAAAAUUGGUCUCUAAUGGGUGGUUUUCACAAUUAUCUCAAAAUUUUUGAUGGGUCGGGAAUCCUUAUCAAUCAAAACCUCUUCCCA